GUAAGAAUGACGCACCCAUAGGGUUGACGAAGAGACACGAACGCACAAUACGCUAUUCACCCGAGAGUGCGUCGUAAGCUGAGCUGAAGAUGAGAGUGAUAUUCCUGUUCCUUUUUAUCGGAGCGAUCCCUGCAAGGUCCAGGAGGAAUCAAGACAGUGAAGGCGGAGACAUCUGCAACCUGUCUGGACGUCCCAGAGGCAGUUGCAGAGAGCGCCACAGACUGUAUUACUACACCAGGGGGAAAUGUCGUGCGUUUACUUUCAGAGGGUGCAUGAAUGAAGGAGGCAGAAACAAGUUCGAGACAUUAGAGGCCUGUCAGCGGACAUGCAUGGCGCCUCUGGCAUCUGUCUGCAAGGUACGGGAACCCAGAAACUGCGGUGGACGCAGACAAAGGACGCGUUAUUAUUUCAACACCGCUAGAGGACAAUGCAUGCAGUUCCAAACCAACUGUUCCGCAUCGAGAGACGCGAAUAACUUCAGGCGCCUCAGGGACUGCACUAAGACCUGUGCUGGUUGAGUCCAACUAUCAAGUUGUACCACCAUGUAGACGUCAACGGCUGUAAGGACGACUGGCUAUUUUAUUCUGUUUCGCACUUUAUUGAAGGAUAAUGUUUGAAAAACUGGAAUAAUCUGCUUCAGUAAAGAGAAUUAACGCGU